CGAGUGGAGACACGGGUACUGAAACAAGCAAAGAAGCAAGUAGAGGAGCGACUAGUGACAAUCGCUGCAACUUAAACAUUAGAGCUAAAUACAUAUCUGUGUUUGUAUAUAUGUAUGUGCAAGGAUCCCCAAGGACUGCACGCGGAAAAUAAGAAAAAUUGCAAUUUUUCCGCAUUUCUAGAUAUAAUAUACUCAAGGAGACCAAAUCAAGUGCGAGGUGACAAGUCGCAACGCAUUGCAGACAUACCUAAACCUAAACUCACAACCGACUUACCUCUACAAUCCCUCUCGUCUGAACGGAGUCAGCUUAUAAGCACAUUAGUUAAAGACUAUCAACGCUUGUCGCAGCAGCAAUUGCUGCUGGCUUAUGUUUAUGAAUUGCUGACGUCGGCAACGUUGACAUUUGCUGCAACAUUUUUGCAACAACAACAGUAACAAAAUAUUAGCAGAGAAAGAAGCUCGAGUAUAACUAUAGCAUAUGCGCAGACUGCUGACAGACAACGAAGUGUGAAUUGCUUUGGCGCGUGCUGCGCCGCCUCUCAAGUGUGUGAGUGGGCAGCGGUUGCUGUCUGAUUGCCUGAAAUAAUUCAAAGUCAAGUAGCACCAAGUGUUGCCUGACGCAGCAAUUCUACACGUCUGCCUAGCCUAACACAGCCAAGUAGCGCACCAUUUUCGCUAUAAUGUUGCACUCACCACCAAAAUGUAUGCAACAAAUUGCAAUUCUAAUUAUAACGUUUGCCGUCUACGUGGCGGGCAUACGUAACACCGGCAGCACGGGCGAUGGUGACGGCAAAACGCAAACAGCGAGUGGCGGUGGCAAUGUGGGUGCAAUCGCAGAUUAUGAGAGUUAUUCGGCGCCCUACAAUGAAGACUUUCGACCGUCUCAACUGUUAUCCGAGGUAACAGAGGUAAUAUCAACUGCCACCGACAAGAUUGAGCGUCGCCAAUCCAACACUGAUAACACCAACUUUCGACCCUCACAAAUAAUCUCGUUUACGCCCUCCGACGCACAAUCAACACUCAAGCAAUAUCCGCCCAGUUACCUCGAACCCAACUACCAUGCACAGCAUAUCAGUAAAGGUGGACCUUAUGGUUUGGCCACUUACAAUAAAGACGAUAAGCAAUUCGCAUUUCCACGUGAAACAGAGCAGGCGCCUUUUGCCGCCGCGUUAGUCAGUAACAAUGCGAAUAUCGAAAAGUAUCUUUACAGCGGCGCUAAACAACAACAAACGACCACGCAGCAAACGCUUGUGCCCGCGCAAUUACACACUACACCCAUACUGAUCUAUCGUGACCCUUACACUAAUAAGAUCAACACCAGCCAAAGACAACAACAACAGCAGCACUAUCGGCCACCGCCACCAGAGCCGAUAUACCAACAAGCGCAGUAUGCCGAGGCGAGCAGACCGCAAGAGUACACCGUACAAUCUAUGUUGGUUGUGGGUGCCGAGCACUCCUCGCCCAUAUACAAUCAACAGCGACCACAAUUUGCCUUAGAGGGUGGCGAAACUAAACGACCAGGAUAUGUAUUCGACGAGCAAGUGAGGCCGUCUUACAAUCGGCCGGUGUAUACUGGCAAUCGUUUUGAAGUUGGCGUAACCUCACCGCCGACCAGCGUCGACUACAAUCGACGUGAUGGUGAAACACAAACCGAACGUUCGUUCGAGGGUAAAUUGGGUGUAUCGCCAAGUGAAGGUACAAAGAUUUCCUACGAUUCGCAUGAUUACCCACCGCCCAGUUACUAUAAACAGCAAACAUCGAAUUUCCAAUCACCGCAACGACAAGACAACCCACCAAAUUACCAACAGCAAUCAACAUAUGUAACGGAGACGACCCCAACAGCGACAGCCAUUAAGACGGGCAGACCAGAGUUGACGUCUUCUAAUUAUGCAAACAAGUUUGGUAAUUAUUUGCAAGGUGGUAAAGGUGGUGAUGGUGGCUAUUACAAGCGUCCACCGCCACAUUACAGCAAUGACAUCUUGUAUGUAACGCCAGCGCCACCAACAGCACCCGCACGGCCACCAACACCUGUACGACAAGGCGCAACUUACUACCCGCAAGGCAAUGAGCCGAUAAGACGUCCACCAACCUACGACAACAAUUACAAUCAGUAUCAAUUGGGUGAAAUACCGCCACCACAAACAUUGCAGUCAGCUUUGAGUGGUGGACAAAGACCACCACAGCUCUACCCCUCUGGACCAAAUUACCAGCAGCCACAGAGCUUCCCGCCUUCACAGAGUUUCCCGCCUUCACAGAGCUUCCCACCUUCACAGAGCUAUGCACCUUCCGAUAACUAUGCACCUUCGCAGAGCUACCCACCUCCUCAGCAAUACCCACCACCACCAAGCUAUCGUCCACCACCACCGCAGUUUCAGCGUCCGCAACAGCCUUCAACUGGCAGUGCUGGUAUGGGCGGUUUGGCCACCUUGGCCUCAUUCUUCACCGGCACACAACAGUAUGCACCACAGUUCACUAAUCUGCUUUUGGGUGGCAAUGGUGGUGGUGGCGGACUGUUACAUGCAUUAACUGGUACUAGGCCGCUCGGUGGAGGUGGACGUCCACCGAACAUGCAACUCAUAAAAGCUUUAGAGAAUAUUGCACGCAAUGAUGACUUGGAAUGUGUGCCGAAGGUGCUGUGCAAUAUGAUUGCUAGUCAAACACAACGUGGACAAUUGCCCGGCUUCGUCACGUCGCCGGCAAUAACGAACUUCCUUGCCGGUUUUCCUGCUCAAUCACCUGCGCUCAUUUAUGGGCGUGCGGCUUUGCUGGGCAUCAGCGGUGGUGAGCGCAGUUGUACGCAGACCUAUGCGAAGUGUCCGAAGAAUGAGUACGAGAUACUCUAUUACCUGAACAAUCAUCGUGGUGGUUUCUUCAAAUUCUUCAGCGAAGCGGAAGAGCAAAAACCCAGCGUUGCACAGCAAACGCAAAGCUCAAGUAGUUCGGGUGGUACCUCACUUUUCAGCCUGCUGUCAGCACUAACUGGCGCCGAUCCACCAGUGACCACAACAACACCACGUCCCACACCACCACCAACCGUCGCCAGUUUCGAUAUUACACAAGGCAUUGGCAAUUUCUUCAGUAACAUACUUUCCGAAUAUAUCAGUGGUGUGGAAUAUCAGCGUAGAAGCAGUCGUGCUAAGCGCGCCAUUAAGUUUGAGGACGAAAACCAGAAAACUGAAGAAGGACGCUUAAAAUUUCCAACAGAUGUUGAUACGGAAGACUUUCAUGAUGAAGAGGAUGAUGAGGAUACGCAAGAUGGUGUGGACUUUGACGAUGAUGAGCAUACGAAUGAAGCAAAUGAGAGCGCAGAGUAUGGUGAUACGCAAGGACGCGUAGUGUUCAAAAGUGGCGAACACGAAACACAUUUCUUUCCAGAAAAUGAAGCGCGUGAAAUUGACGAACGCCUGAAAGAUAUAUAUUUGCAGGAAGUGAUCAACAAAUUUAAUGCGGCCAAAUCAGAGAGAAAACUCAAAUUUCCCGCUGAAACAGAUUCCAAAGUCGAAGCUAGUGAGGCAUACGAUGAGGCUGUGAAGGCAGGCGUUGAAAAUUACGCUUAUGAAAACGGGAGACCCGAUAGCGUCGUACAUUUUCGUGACGAUGAGAACCCAAAUGGUUCAGUGUACUACAAUGUAGAGCAAACUAGACCAACGCGACGUGGUAAAGCUGUGGUUUUCGAAAACAACAACGAAAACCUAAAUUACACGCCGUUACGUCAACCACGUGAGGAGUUUGAUGUUGCUUACGAACCCCAAAGCGGUAAACGCAUAAUAUUUCCCGAUCACUACGAGAAACACAUACGCAAGGGUAAAAUUUUGAACCGGCCCAUAUUGUAUGCCUCCAACUACGACGACUAUAUGCAAAAUGCAGAGGCAGAUCGUUUCGUGGUAUCCGAUAGCCAUCGGCCGGAGUAUAAUAGUAUCCCCGAUAAUGCAGAUAACAGCAUCAACUAUGAUGAUAAACCCUUGGGGCCAAUCUAUAUUAGUGCUACCUCAUCGCAGCAGCAAAAUACGGUCAGUAGCACCAACGUGCACGUGUACAACGAUAAUAGAUUACACUACAAUCGUGGCGCCGAUACUUACACGCCCUCAAGACCUACCAGCUACUAUGACACACACACUUCGGCAGCCGAUUACAAUAGCAAUCGUUACUCGGCGGCCAACAGUUCUGCCAAUCGUAAAAGACGUCCCUACUAUAGUUCUUCUUCCUCGUCCUCCUCGAGUAAUCAGUAUGAUUACCCAAAUAAAAAUUAUGUUAGCAAUAACCGUUAUGGCAGUCGGUACCAGACGACACGCUAUACAACAACAACCCGUUCACCACGUGGCAGCGAUAAUGACCACAAUAUUUAUGUAACAAAUGCUCAGGGUGUCACUACGCAUUACAUAACACCAGAUGGUCGCAAAGUGUAUAUAUAAAUAUUAAAUAGAAUUAAUUAGGAAUUUAAAGCUUUGCUUGUUAGCUUAACCAAUAAGAGGCAUAAUUAAUUAUAUAAAUUAUAUUUUAAGCAUUUCGAAAUUGUUUUUGUUAUGUAAAUAACGAAAUUUUAAACGAAUAUAAUCUUUGAAUUAUAUCCCAAGCACUCAGGUGGGGUUGCUCUUUUUACUAUGGGCUUUACUUGUAAUAGUUUUGUAAAAACCGUAUCUGUAUAAUA